GGACGUGAAGAUUUUGAUGCAGUCGAAGAUUCUAAUCCUCCGUUGACGUAAUUCGUACCGUCAAGUUGCAAAAUCGAAAAGAAAAACGAAAACGUCAAAUUACUACUCGGUCUACUGUGCAGAAGAAGUCGUCGAACGCGCAAUUUCUCUGAUCUAUCUCAAUUCGCAGACUCUUUUCUCUACGUGAAGGUGGAAUCCACAUUAUCGAGUUCACAGAAAUAUUCCCAAGAUUUGAUUUUUUUUUUCCUUCCUCGCACUGAUUUACGUGUUUACAGGUAAUGGGGACGCCGGAACUUCCAAACCUGGGAAAGCACUGCUCCGUCGACGAUUGCCGGCAGAUUGAUUUCCUGCCCUUCACCUGCGAUUGCUGUCAGAAGGUAUUUUGUCUAGAGCAUCGAAGCUACUUGAGGCAUCACUGUCCAACGGCCAAUAAAAACGAUGUUACGGUAGUUGUCUGUCCGCUGUGUGCUAAAGGUGUUCACUUAAUUCCAGAUGAAGACCCGAAUGUGACCUGGGAGUUGCAUGUGAACAUUGAUUGUGAUCCGUCAAACUAUGAAAAAUCCACGAAGAAGAGGAAGUGCCCUGUGCCUGGUUGCAAAGAACUCCUGACAUUCUCAAACACAAUUAAGUGUCGAGAUUGUACUCUAGAUCACUGUUUGAAGCACCGGUUUGGACCUGAUCACAAAUGUCCUGGACCUAGGAAACCCGAAACGUCUUUCCCAUUCAUGGGCUAUUUGAGUAAGAGUAGAAAGGACGAGACAAAGCAUGCUCCCGCUACUUCUUCCUCGAGCUGGGCCACCACUUUCCUCGGGGCAGCAUCUUCUGUUCGGGCAAAAGCUGGAGCUGGAAUGGCAAAACUGAGCACCGAGUUCAAUCAAGCACUGCAGAAAGGAAAAGACCGGGGCAGCCUUAACAGCCGAGCCACAAGACAAGCUGGGAAUACGAGUGGGAGUACCGGUGGAAACGUAGAACAAUGCCCACAGUGCAGCAUGCGAUUCUCCUCGGUUGUGGACCUCGUGGAUCAUGUCCAGAACGUCCACGAAAGGAAGAGCAUUACAAAUUCGACAGUUGACAUCUGCCCGAGAUGCAGUAAAGGUUUUCACGACCCAGUUUCCCUCGUGGAACAUGUCGAAAGGGAGCACAGGAACUUCACAAAGGUAUAGAGAACUCGAAGUUAAUAACAUGAUACAAAAUCCAAAGUGUCAUAUUUUCAACCUUUAUUUUUGACACAACUACACAUUUGUUCAAUUUUUGAGGGGUCUUUUCUUUCUAUGCCCAUUUGUUUUCAGUUUUUGUGUCACUUAUGUAGCUAUUAUGGUCUCUCUUAAUAUAAACAGAAAUCUACUGGCUUUUGGACAAUCUACAUGCAUACAUGGUGAAAGAUCAUAUAUUGGUUGAUCUUGAGCCUUGACUAUAUAGAGCAAAUAAAUAGGGGUGUAACCGAGUCGAGACGAGCUUGAAUAGUCAAAAUUUGAUGCUCAAGCUCAACUCAAGUUUGACUAAGCUCUAUUUAUUUAUUUAUUUGAAUUCAAGCUCGACUCAAGUUUGACUAA